UAUUACCAUCAAUAUCAUGUCUCUAACGGCUACUUACAGAACCUCCAACAAAUUUAGAACAAUCGGCUCAGGGUACGGCUUCCAAGAACAUCUACUGCUCUCACCCUUUGACUCUCUACCGGCUAGUUUCCUUCACCAGGCCCCUCUCCAUCCUCUCCCAGAUCUACGACGACGACGACAAAAAUGGACGAAAUUCAGAUCAACGGCGCCGGAGAAGAAGUAAUCGGCGAUGACUUCUACGAGAAGAUUGAGGCUCCUAAGUUCGUGGAACUCACCGCACCCGAUCGCUGCCGCACUGAGAGUGAUGACCGUUACUGGUUCUGCCUCCGUGUCGGAUGUGAUCAAAACCAUGAUGAAGAAAUGGACUCUGAAGCCAUUUAUAAAAAUUUUGUUCUUCGGGUUAUGGCAGCUAGGAGUCCAAGUGUUCGACUUCGACAAGCUCUUUCCAGAAAAGAUUCAAGUUCAAAUUUGCAAUGCCCAAGAACCGUUCCUGCUAAAUCUUCAAAAUCUAGAGUGUCAAGAUUGGCUAUGAUUUCAUCCAUUUCUCAGAAGAUGGGUGAAGUCAAAGUGAAAGUUAGAUGUGUUCCUAAGCAGAGUGCAACUACCCCAAAUGUGAAGGCAGCAAAGCAACCAUCUACUAAGGCCUUGACUACUCCAAGGAACAAAAAGGGCCUCUCAAAUCCAGGUGCUUUUCGAAGUGUUAGGAACCCGAAACCGACUACAAUUGAGGUACCAAAGAAUAGAGUAGUGGCAAAGGCUCUGGUAUUUCACUCUCCAAAGAAGGCAGUGAUGUUGAAGAAGUCUGUAGAAUUGAGUAGUUCGUUAAGAAAGAUAUGUGCAGGGAUGAAGAAGCGUGAGAUCACUGAGAAGAAUACAUUGGGGUGUAAUAAACCUUUAGAUGCUUCAAGGAAACAGUUAAGAGGGAGAGAGGUUAAAAGCCGGGUAUAUGAUUCAUUGCAUUCUCAUAAUCAGAAGAAGCCGGAAGCUAAAUCUUUAACAUGUUUGAAGAAAAAGAAGGGAAAAGACUUGCAGUUGUCCAAGGGCUCUAUGUGUCAUAAACCGAAUGAAAAGGACUCAACUGAUAUGGAGAUUGAGGCAAAAUCAAAGGAUGGAUCUUUGGAAGUUUGCUCUACAUCAGGUAUUUCUAAGAAUCCUUCAGAGAGCUCAGAGCAAGCAAUAGACGAGAAAGUCAGAUUUUCAACUGAUGCCUCAAGGAAUAACGUGGCCUCCCUUUCCAACUCUGAAGGGAUUAAUUCUGGAGACGAUGAUGAUGUUCCCAAAUCCCAAAAUGGUGGGCACAAUGAAAUUAAUGAAAGGAUCAGCCAUGAAGAGAACAUUUCUGAGGAUAAGGAAAUCCCCGAAGCCACGGAGAGUGACGACAAAGAAAAUGCUUUGGCAUCUCACAUUAAAGCAAGUGAAAGCAAAGUCAUGGAAAUUGACGACGAGGAAAAUGCAUCAGCUUCUGAUGAAAACAGAAAAUUGAAUUGUACCACGGUCAAGGUGGUGAAAAAUGAUGUUCUUGGGAAGCAUGAGGCUUCUAAAGGCAUUAAAAAGGUUACUAAAGUAAUGAGUAACACAUUGAAAGAAAACCCCACAUCUACAAUCAAUGGUACUCAAGGGAUGAAGUACAGAAAACCUAAGCUCACAUAUCCCAAGCCCUUUCGGCUUAGAACUGAUGAAAGAGGCAUUUUAAAGGAAGCAAACUUGGAGAAGAAGCAUCUUCAAGCACCAUUGAAAGAAACAACAACUUUUCCAGGAUUCCAAGAUGGAAACUCAAGAAGAAAAAGUCAGAAUGUACAAAGAAAAGAAAAGUGCCUUGGACAAACUGAAACGGUUUGUUGUACACAUGAAGGCAGUGACAAUGAAUCAGAUACAAGAAAACUAAAGGAUCGACCGAAAACUAUCAAAUCCUGUCGCUCGAGGAUUUCAAGAGGAACUAUGGAAAGAAAGCUUUCUACCGCUCCACAGAAACGUGCUGUUCCUAUGCAUCAGAAAACCAAAUUUCCAUCACUGCUGGAAAAAGGCCAAGACAAGGCAGCUCAAAAAUCCGAGGGCACAUUGGAGAAGACAAAAUUAUCAUCCAUCAAGCAACUAGCAACACCAGGAGGGGUGGCAUCAAGUGGGACGAAAUUGGUUUCUCUCAUGAAACCUGGUCAACUUGGUGUAAUGAAGGAAAUGUCACCUACAAUGUCCAGAUCGAAACAACCAUCAUAUCCUAACGAGAGUGAAACUUCCUUAGCGACGAAAGCUUCUGCUUCUAAUGCUUCAAGCAAGAAGGCAUACAACCAUUCCAAAGGAGCCACACUUUCAUAGCAUUCAUGUGCCAAAAAGCUAGCACAAGGAGUUACUAUAGUGCACGUGUAUCAUAGUCACCUUGGUCACAAGCCAACCACUUUUUUUUUGUCGAAUUAGAUUUGCUUACUGGCAUUUUUUAGCAGGUGUGUUUUCAUCUAUAUUAUUAUGAUCUUAAGGGAAUUUUAAGUUCCUUUUAAGUAUUUGUUUGUAAGCUGUAAAAUUUGUGAUACAAGAAUGAUCUGUAUUAAUUCAUUUACAAGAUAUAAAUAUUUGUUACUGUUCCUUGUUCUGUCGACUAGUUUUCUUAAUCUCAAGUUUCAAAUGUCUUUUCUAGGCAGUCAAAAGUUUCAUAUGAUGUAAUCGCCUGUUUAGGAGCUAAUAUCAGAAGGAUACAAAUGGAGAUUUGAAGGAGCUUCUUGACUACAUUACUCAUCAUUUGAA